AUGGUAGAAUUAUGGAGGGUUGCGUUGAGUAGUGCUUUUUUGUUUAAGAAAGAAAUCCAAAGCACUUCACUCAAAAAAAACUUAGUGUUUUGGUCGAUGAAUCGUCGAUAUUGCGUUGAAAGUAAAAUUAAUGUAGCGGUACCUCGUGGUAUUCUCCCAUCUCCACGUUUGAUCGCAAAGUUUGAAAAUAAAGACGUGUUUUUACGAUUAUUGUUGGAAAUGGAAUUGCUAUAUGGAUCUGCAGCGGCGAGGUUACCAACUUUUUUCAGUGAUGAAAAUUGGAUUAGAUACACGCGAAUAACAAAUUUGAUUGAAAGAUGUUGUUAUUUGCAUCAACUUUUUGAAUGUGAACAAGAAGCUGAUAGAAAGCGCAAAACAAAGGUGUUUCAAGCUUCAAAAACUGGUAAUAGCGAUCCUUUUCCAUUCAAUACUUUGUUUCAAUUUGGAAGAGAAGAUUUUCGAAGGUUUGCUUACGAGCUUUUUGGAAGUCGAUUAUUAGCUUCGUGGCGGUGUAAUGAUUCAUUUCCGCCAUUGUUAAUCGAUUGCGCUCAACUUCAUGAUUUCAGUUAUGCAACGCAGCGGAAUGUGACCAGGCAAAUGAAAGAUUUAGUUCUUGAUAACAGUCUUCAACGAAAUCCAUUUCCACUCAUCUUUGUAAAUUACCACAUAACAAUUGAUCAUGCCAUGAAUAUUAUCAACUCGUGGCUUCGUAAGCGUUGCUUGCCAAAAUAUCGUCCGUUAACAGUGACAGAAAAUGGAAAAGUAAAUGAGCAAGUAUUUUCUGAGCGGCAAAGGUGUGCACCAUUCAUUCCUGUUAUCACAUCAGCAACAGUUCGUGAAUGCCUAGGCAGCACUGAUUCCGGUGAGAUCGCAUAUAUCAGUCAUAAAGCCGUAGAUUUUUUGCCUGGCCCUCUGACCAGGUACAAAGCAUUUGUACUUUGUGCUACAUCGGGCGAAAAAUUGAUGAAUUCUUCGUCAAAAACAGUGAAGGCUGAGCAGUUGAAAUCAUAUAGGCUGCCCCUAAGCAAAUUUCUAAACAUGAAUCAAAUGUUGGUAACGAUGCCUCUGCAUAUUACAGCCAAUAUACUUCGUUAUGUAUAUAAUGGUUGUGAAUGGAAAGAAGCUUUCCAGAAGCACAUACCAUAUUUUGAUGUAGUCGAAAAUUUGCAUCAAAAUCAUCACAAUGAUUUAAAUGACCUCCAGAUCAUCAAACAGUGGAUUUCGAAUGCAGAACGAAGAGGACGAAAAAAACAGAAACAUGUCCAUCUGUAUACUCGAGAAGAACGAAGAGCAGCUCAAUCCGUACUAACGGAAAUUAUGAUGAAAACACAAAAUCAAGAUGCCAAGAAUUAA